CGUGAAUCGUGUGACUGCUUUGUGCUUCUGAAAGUGACCACGAAAUGGCGAAAUUGGCACACUCGACUGCCUUUCCGUGGCACUUGGGUGUCUUCGAUGCGCAUUGUCAUCCUACAGACACAAUCGCAAGCCUGAAAGGUCUGCCGAGGAUGAGCGCAAAGGUGCUCACGGUGAUGGCCACCCGUGCCCAGGAUCAGGAGCUCGUAGCUGAGGCUGCUGAGAAGUAUGGCGUGGCGAAGGACGAUGUUGAGUGUAACAGCGCGGAAGCCCGGAGGUAGGUUAGGCAACAAAGGUACACCCUCCGCACCUUGCUCCUUCACACCCCACUGACCAGACUUCAGUAGAGGACACAAGGUCAUUCCCGCAUUCGGAUGGCAUCCAUGGUUCUCUCAUCAGAUGUUUGAUGAAUCUGAAUACGACGAUGCCACUGCUCUUACAGCCGACCAGAAAGUGUCCCAUUAUCAGUCCGUCUUGACGCCAAAGCCAGAUGAGCGUGACUUCUGCCUUGCCCUACCGGAUCCGCGCCCUUUCGGACAUUUCCUCGGUCAAACUGAAGACUACCUUUUGCGGUUCCCAUUGGCACUUAUAGGUGAAGUAGGAUUGGACCGUUCCUUCCGUAUCCCUGAGGCUUGGCUACCAGGGCAGGCUGAUGACAGGAAUGAUGCAUUGACUCCUGGUGGCCGUGAAGGGCGUCAACUCAGCCCGUACAAAGUGAGCAUGGAUCACCAACGGAAAGUUUUGACUGCUCAGCUACGCUUGGCCGGCAGAUUGGAGCGCGCCGUCUCCGUCCAUGGGGUCGCUGCUCAUGGCAUUGUCUACGAGACUGUGGCCGAGACUUGGAAAGGGCAUGAAAGACGUGUCCCAUCGAAGCGUGAGCGCAAGCGAGCAGAAGCUGCCGCGAAAGCUGAUGCUGAAGCCUCAGCAUUGGCAGACGCGCCCGACGAAGGCGACGACGCCGCGCAUGACGUGUCGAAGCCAUUCCCGCCGCGGAUAUGUCUGCAUUCUUUCUCCGGUCCUGCAGAAACCGUGAAGCAGUACAUUGCUCCCUCGGUACCGUGCGAGGUGUUCUUCAGCUUCAGCACAACGAUCAAUGCCUGGUCGGACCGAGACACUGACCGGCCAGGCAAGGACGGUAAGGUAGAAGCCGCAGUCAAGACCGUGCCCGAUGAUCGGUUGCUUGUGGAGAGUGAUCUGCAUACUGCGGGCGAAGACAUGGAUCACUACCUGGAAGAGAUUGUCAGGAAGCUCUGUGAGGUUAAGGGUUGGGACCUUGAGGAUGGAGUUCGCCGCCUUGGUCGCAACUGGCGCAGAUUUGUUUUUGGCAAAGAGUGACUGCUUGAGUGGCCGUGUGGACGCGUGCAGCUUCUAGCGAAUGCCCACAGUAUGAGAGCGUGGCGACUCUCUAGCCUGUCACCACCCUCUCUUCCCCUGAUAGCUACAACAUCUAUCCAUGACGGCCAAUCAAACGAUACGUUCAUGACCACAUCAGCGACGGACACCCUGCGAUUGAGCGUCAGCCAUUCGAGUCUCACGAGAACACGUCUAGCAUACGUUUAGCAUUCGUUGCUGGCGUGAUGACAAGUCUUCUUCGGAAGAGUGGCAGAGCAUGUCGUUCCUGGAUCCGCACCAACCUUUAUAGCCCGUGGUCAGCUAAGCUCAAUUCACGGACAUAUCCA